GUUCCUCGUCGUGUGUCUGUUUCCCUGUGUUCCCCGUUGUGCUCUACCUCGACAUCAUCAUUAAAUUCAUCAUCACUUCAUCCUGGGUCUGCCUGCGUCCUAUCUCUCCUCACCACCGACCACCCAUUGUGACAAUCUCUGCUGCGGAAAACAUGAGCACAGCGGGCGUUCACCGAGGAUUCCUCCGGAAAUAUGGAGGCUUCAUGUUCAAGCAGUGGAAGGAGAAGUACCUGGUGCUCACCAUGGAGGGGAGCCUGCUGGUGUGCCGGGACGCCGAGUCUCCACCGGACCAGGUGGUGGCGCUACAGUCCAACUGUGAGUCGAUCGCGGAGGGACGGGAAAUCCUGGACCUGCCCAGGCUGCCCCCGGGGGGCAGGAGAGACUGCUGCUUUGCCCUCAUCCUGCCCCAGAACAAGUUCCUGCUGCUUCUGUCGGACAACCCCGACGACUGCAUUCUUUGGCUGAAGCUAAUCAGGAAAGUGAGAGAGGGUGUGAUGUCACCUUUGACCCUUCAGAGACAGCAAAGCCUCACUCCCUGCAUCACUGACAGAGAGCCGCUGCCGGACUCCCCCAGCGACAAGGAGCCCGGAUCGCCCAGGGCUGCUGGAGCGCCGCUGCCUCUGAGCCGCGUCACUGAGAGAGGAGGCUCGUUCAGAGACCGACAGCAAGCUGCCGGACCGAGGCAGCCCAUGCGGAGCAACUCCGUCGCCCCGCCUCACCGCAUGUCUGACUGUCUUCGCCAUGGCAACAGCAGCGACGCGCGGGCGGUGCGUGCGGUGUGUCUGCUGAUGGGCGGGGCGGCGGCCUCCUCCGCCCUGGGCUACCUCAGCUCCUGCUCCCCGUCCUCGCCGCUGGCCAGCCGGGCCCCGGACGUGGCCCCAGGCUCCGGGGCCUUCUCCGAUCUCCCCGCCGGCGGCUCCUUCCACGCCUGCAGCCAGGACGUCGACUCCCCGCAUUUCAACACCUUCGACUUUGAAGGAGACUCCGACUUUGACGCAUUUGACUGCGGAGGAUUUGCCUUUUAAAAGGAACUGUUUAUAUGACCGGUUCUCUUAGCACACUGCAAAAACAAACUGGUUUUUAUCUAGUUUCUAGAGGAAAUAUGCUGGUUACACGCGAAAUAAGACAAAACUAACUUACAAGUUACUUUUCAGCAAGAUUUAGAAGCUCGUUUUAGGUAAAUGCUAAUUACUGGCAGGUUAUUUCACUUAUGAGGGAAAUGUUUUGCUUUAAAGUUGAACUGGUACUUUUUUUUAUCGAUAUUGAAGGAAUAUUAACUUAAAGCAAUCUCCUAAAAAUUUUACCUGCAAGUUAGUUUUGUCUUUUUUCACGAGUUCCAAAACAUUUGCAGUAAAAACUUGACAAAAACACAUGGUAAAAUG